AUGAAAUCUAAAAUUUUAAAUAUUUUUGUAGCUUCUUUGCUUAUAAUUAAUGUAAAUUCUCUCAAUAUUCUAUUCACAAGUGAACUUUCUAGUCCAAGUCAUCACAUUUUCAACAGUGCAUUAGCACGUGCGCUUGCCGCUCGUGGACACAACGUUACUUUUGUAUCAGCUGAUAAUGUUAAAAAUCCACCAGAAAAUUUGCAUUACAUCCAUUUGGAGAAGCAAUACGAAAUUAUGGCUCAAGGUUUUGAAGGCAUGGAUUUAAUAACUUGGUAUAAAGAAAUUGUGAACAUGGGCAAAUAUGAAAAUGCACUGAUGAUGAAUACAUUUGGAGCUGAAAUGUGUGCAGAUGUAGUCAAAAAUCAAGGCUUCCAUGACAUUCUGAAUUAUCCGAAUGAUUUCAAGUUUGACUUAAUGAUUUACGACUACACAGCAUUACCGUGCAUGCUUGGACUUCUCCAUAAAUUUAAUUAUCCACCACUUGUUGGAGUUACUGGAUUCUGCAACCCACCUUAUACUGCUGACAUUAUGGGUGGUGAAAGACUUGGAUUAACUGUUAAGCCUCAUUAUGCAUCAACUUAUGACAAGAACAUGAACAUUUUUGAGAGAUUAGACAAUGGAUUCUUGAAUUUCUUUGAAUCUGUAUUGCGAAAGUACAGCGGAAUUCCAAAUCUUGACAAAAAAAUGAAAGAAAUUUACGGAUCAGAUCUUCCAUAUGUUGGUGAUCUUGAGAAACAUACGAAGAUUGCUCUUGUUAACUCACAUCCAGUAGUUGAAUUUGCAGAGUCACUUCCUCCAAAUGUCAUUGAAAUCGGUGGAAUGCAAAUUGCUGAGCCAAAACCUGUUGAGAAAGAACUUGAUGAGUUCCUAAAUAAAGGCAAGAAAGGAUCAGUGCUGAUGUCAAUGGGCUCAAAUUUUAAGUCAGAAUAUAUGGAAGAAUCAAAAAUAAGUUCAAUUGUUGAGGCAUUCCGACAAUUGCCUGAAUAUAACUUCAUUUGGAAGUUUGAAAACACUGACAAAAUCAAGGAACUCCCCAAAAAUCUGAUGAUCCGUCCAUGGCUGUCACAAAAUGACAUUCUGGCUCACAAAAAUGUAAAAGCAUUCAUCUCACACUCAGGAAUGAUGUCAACUUUAGAAUCAUCAUGGCAUGGAGUUCCAAUUGUUGGCAUUCCACUUUUUAUGGAUCAAAUCAGGAACUUGAAAAAAUCAAUAGAUGCAGGAGUAGCUGUAAAAGUUAGUCUUCAAACAUUAACGACAGAAAAGCUGAAAUCAGCACUUCUUGAAGUUCUCGAGAAUCCAAAGUACCAACAAAAUAGUAACCUGAGGGCAAAGCUGUUCAAAGACCAGCCACAGAAGCCACUCGAUCGAGCUGUUUGGUGGUGCGAAUAUAUCAUGAGAAAUCCAAAAGCAACGCAUUUGAAGCCAGCAGAAUUUAAUUUUGGAUUGGUUGGGUCUCAUUUUUGGGAUAUUCAAGUUCUUAUUUUAGUUCUUAUCGUGCUGAUCGUUUUAGGUGCAAGAUGUGCUUGUAAAAAAAUAAUGAAAAGAUUUUGUAAGUGCAAAAAAUCAGAUGACAAGAAGAAAAAGAACUAA